GCUUCAGCUCAGCUCUCUCACAGUUUUAUUCUCAGCUAGAUUAUUUUUUUUAAAAACACUGAGGGGAAAUGGACUGUGUAUUGCUUUUCUCCAUCUCGGCCGUGCUGCUAUGUCUUUCUCAAGCUCUUCCUGCUAUGGUGCUGCCCACUGAUCAAGAUAUCCAGUCUGAGAAGCAUGAUGAUCUGGAUAUUUUCUCAAGAAUUCUGGAGGCAAACAAAGAGAUCAGUGACAUGCUUCUGGAGGGAGAUUUGGCUUUACCCAAAACAAGGAAUGCCAUGAAAUGCUUGAAUGACUACUGCAAAUGGCCAAAAUCCCCAUCUGGACAGGUUGAAGUGCCAUAUACCAUCGCAAGGGACUUCUAUGAUGAUGAGAAGGCAGUGAUUGAAAAUGCAAUGAAGAGCAUCGCUGCAAAAACCUGCGUCCGUUUUGUGUCGCGAAGCAAUCAAGUGGACUACAUCAGCAUUGAGAAUAUAGUAGGCUGCUCAUCUACUGUCGGGAGAUCUGGAGGCAAACAGCAGUUGGCUCUGUCUGUGAGCGGCUGUGUUUCUCACGGGAUCAUUGAGCAUGAGCUCCUCCAUUCUCUGGGGUUCAACCACGAACACACCAGGAGCGACAGAGACCAGUACGUCCAGAUCAACUGGCAGAAUAUUCCAGAAGCAACUGCAUACAACUUUCAGAAGAAGGACACAAAUAAUCUGAAUACCGCUUAUGACUACAGCUCCAUCAUGCAUUAUGGAAGGACUGCCUUUGCCAAACAGUAUGGCAAGGACACCAUCACUCCAAUUCCUAACCCUUCAGUGCAGAUCGGACAGAGAACGGAAAUGUCUAACAUUGACAUCCUGAGGAUCAACAAGCUCUAUGAGUGCGCUCUUUAAAGUGAACACUGAAGAUCGAACCCCAGUGAAAUACAGACUGUGACAAAAUAAAAGGAUUACGGUACUGUGUUACCAAAGUAAAUCUUUUCCGUCCUCUUUUGUCUGUAACUUAACCACAUAAAUGUUAUGGAUUGACUGCAAUGCUGAAUUGCAAUAAACCUUGUUUACUGGUGA